AUGUCAGUGGAUGCUCUGACCACUUCCCCGAACAUCGCCGCCUUGACCCUACCAUGGGAGUCUGGGCCUCUUGCUGUCGUCUUCGGCGAGACAGAAGUCGUGCCGAAGGUGGCUCUUGACAUUGAAGAUGUCGUGGAGACCGCAACGUGCAGGCCCUUGGGACCAGAGGAGCCAGGCGCUCCGAGCUUUCAGAAGCGAGCCUUUGCAGCAGAGUGGAAUAGAGAUGCUUUCCGAAGGGACCGGCUUCCUGAACAAGACAGGUUUGGGUUGGUCUACCAAGAGUGGUUGCAGGUGGUCCUGCCGUGGGCGGGUGAUUCCGUCCUCGGCGUAAUGAUGGCGUCUGCAGAAGACCAGGCCGAGAAACUUGCGAUCGUUACCCAGACUCUGGGAGGCAAAGCUUUGUCGACGCUUGAAAAACGUUUGAGGCAAGUCAAGGCUUUUCUGGCUUGGGCCUUGCUUUCCCAGGUCAAACCGUUCCCCUUGACUGAACAUGUGUGUCGCUUGUACUUGAAAAAAUUGGUUCAGGAUGCUGCGCCUGCUUCAAGAAUCAAGGGUGUACUCGAGAUGGUUUCUUUCCUCAGGCAUGUGGUAGGUCUGCCGAUCGCCGACAAUGCGGGGGACUCACCUUGGAUCAGAGGCAUUUUGAGGAACGCUGCGGCCAACGCUAAACCCAUGGCCAAGGCACGACCGCUCACUGUUGGUGAGGUCAGUGCUUUGGAAGAGUUUUUGAAGAAGGGGCAAGGGGCGGUGCAAGACCUUUAUGCCGCUGGAUGCUUCCUCUUCCUGGUUUACUCAAGAGCGAGGUUUGGUGAUUGCAAGAUCGUAUCUAAUGUUGUCUUUGACCUCAUCCAGAAGGACGAGGAUGUCGUUGGGUAUGUCGAAGUGCUGUCUUGGUCCCAUAAGAUGCGUAGGCACUUCCCUUCGAUUCCCUUGGUGGCUCCGGUGCGGGGGGCUACUCAGGGAAGUUGGAUUGAGCAGUGGAAGCGUGUCGCAACGGAGGCCGGCUUACCACUCGACAGGCUUGCGCGGGACGUCCGUGGUCCACUGCUGCCGCUCCCGAGUCAAGGAGGGUGGCUCAGGACGAGCUGCUCCACGAACGAGGCCAGGGCGUGGAUGGUUCAGUUGCUGACCAAUCUUGGGCAUGCAAGUGCAACAUCUUUGAGUGCGCAUUCGUGCAAAGCUACUUGCCUCAGCUGGUGCGCUAAAUACGGGAUUGCGAAAGAUGUUAGAACGCGUCUAGGCAAUCACAAUGAUCGUGGAUCGGCUGAGUGUUAUGCUAGAGAUACUUUGGCAUCGCCGCUGCGAGAUUUAGAGGCGUGCAUCUUGGCGAUACGCACAGGCACCUUUUUGCCAGACGUCUCGAGAAGCGGAUACUUCCCAGAGGCCAGCGCCCAGGUUGGCGCAGCGUCGGAGGAGCCAUCGGACAGUCGCGCCGAAGAGCCCUUGGGCGAAUUCGGUGGACUCAACAUGGUGAGGUGGCCCGAAAGUCUGGCUUCUGCAUCCCCGGAGCAAGCCCCGGGGAGUCCUUGUUUUGAUGCAGGUGAUGAUGAUCACUCCGAGGUGACACGGAAUCCUAGCCCCUGCCCCGCCGGGGCGGGGACGGAACCCUCCAAGUGCUCCGAGUCAUCGAGCUCGUCCAGCUCCUCUUCGACAGACUCUGAGGUGGAGUCGGAGCCAGGGCCUCAUCUUGCGCCGCUAGACGAGCCGGUGUGGCGUCAAGAGUGUCAGAUUUGGCAGCACCGACAUAGCCGGACAGUGCAUUUGCUCCCUCUUGCUGAUGCUGACAAGGGUUACUUUGUUUGUGGCAGAGCUAAGUCUUCUGCUUAUUUCAAGUUCUCAGGGCAGCCCAUUGUGGAUUCCUUGAAGUGCGCGCAGUGCGACCGAGGGAAGACCAUCAGAAGCACAGCGUCGAGUCCGCGGGCGAGUGAGCAUUUGCACAUCAUUGCGCAUUACCUAGGUAUAGUUGGGAUAGCCAUGUCGGGUGCAUCCUUGCUUGACUCGAAAGCAGCCUUCAAAGGGAAGGUUCUCGAGUACGGGCUGCUUAUGCUGUCGGUGCACCGGGUGUACUGCCUUCGGAAGCAGCAAAUCGAGGGCCCAGAUGAGAAGCGGCAGGAUCUUCAACCAGCGGAGCGGCGCUUCAGGCUUACAGAGCAAGCACGUCGAUUGCAAGGCAUGUCAUUGCGCGGCCCUCUCGAGUGUUCCUUCAGUUGUUACACCAUCGUCAUCCGUAUGCUUGCGGCAGACGAGAUUUCAUACUUGGCGCCCAAUCGGUUCACGACCAGGGCGCAUGAGGUGCAACAGGCCAAGCCGCCCAAGGAGGUCAUCAUUGACUCUUCUUCGUCUAUCAAAGUUAGGGAUUCUUCUGAGAUAGCCGACACCUGCAACUUGCCUGAUGCUCUCAGCCUGUCGCAAGCCCUGCAAAGACGUUCCUUGGCCCUAGACUUGUGUGAAGCGGCGACCUUCGAAGCCUCGGAGCGCUGGCAUGCCGAGUUGCUACGUCACUUGCAGCAGGCCCCGCCAAUGGAGUAUAAACAGGUGGACAUAAUGCAAAUCCUUCGCGCGGACCGCGCUGCAUGGACCUACAUGGCUGAGAAAGCGAACUCCUUGAAGAAGCGUGCCGAUGGUUCCUUGCCCAUGGAUGACCUUUUUGCUUCGCUCACUGGAGCUACUGAGGUCAUGAUGUUCCUCAUGCCCCUUCCCGGUGGUGGGCACCACAAGCGGCCUGCGCCACCUGAACACACGGCGACCGCCGCUGUUGAUCCGGCUGCGCCUGCCAAGAAGUCUCGCACCAAGGCACGACGCGAUCGACAGAAGCAACGCUUGCAAGAGGCCCUGGCUCUAGCGGGCACGUCUGCGCCACAGGCACAGGCCCCUGCAUCCACAUUUCCUCCCAAGCCUCCUGCACCCUCUGCCCCUGCCACUCUGCCGCCUGCCCCACCGGUUGGCCAGCCGCAUGCGCCGGAAUCCAGCGCAUCCGACUCCUUUCAGCAUGUUGUGCAGGCCCGCGUGUGCGGCAGGCCCUUGCAGUCGUUGUUCUUCGUCGAGGUUUUCGCGGGCUCCGCUCGCCUUGCUGCAGCCGUCCACAAGACGGGCAUCGGCAGUGUUUUCGGCAUUGAUGCUUGGAUCCCCAAGUCUGCCCCUGCUCCUAUUGUCAAGCUUGAUUUGCAGUUGCAUGAAGAUGUUCAAGUUCUUUUCCUGUUGUUAGACAACCGCCUGCUGCCCGUUGAAGCUGACAAGGUUUUUUCGUUUAAUCAGCUCUACGCCUUGAGCUCGGUCAUCUUCCUCAGGGCCACUCAGGCUCUGCUUCAGGCCGGCGCCCAGCCCCCGCCUCAGAUUGGGGUCACCAAACUAACUCGUCAACACCUUAGCACUGCAUCCUUUAUCAACGCGUUCUUGAUGCAGAGAUUCCCGGGUGCCGCGUGGUCGGCCUUCGUUGUGACUCACAACGAGGCGUCUGCGUUACAUGUUGACACAUGCAACGUGCCAGGUUCAAAGAACUUUGCCGUAGGCCUUGGGAGUUACGCAGGGGGCGAACUCUUUGUCGAGGCCCCUGGAGGCUCCGUUCCGUUUCAUGAUAAUGCCACGGGCGAGUGGCUGUGGGGCGAGAAACAUGCGCUCAACCUGGAGCCGUGCACCUUUGACGGAUUCGCUCGACAUGCAACCUUGCCCUGGGAAGGUGACAGGUGGACGAUUAUUGCAUAUUCGGCCGUCUCCCAAGGUGACUUGUCUUCAGAGCACGAACAGCUGCUGUUGUCGUGUGGGUUCCCUUUGCCGUGGUGUCAGCCGAACUCCGUGGCUGCACAUCGCCCGGAGACGAAAAUCCGCAUGACAGUUGGUGUGCCUUGGGAGCCGCGCGACUUUGCAAGAGAAGCUGCUCGGCGUGGACACCCGAGACAUCUCUUUGAUGCCGUACCGCCCGUCCUCAAAGCUGCGAUUGAUGCUACCCUUGUGAUGUCUGAAACCGCGCUGAGUCAGCAUCGAACUGAGGUGCUCAGGCGUUGGAUGCUUCGGGCGCAGGAGUUAGAGUCCAGGGAGGCACAGCUACAUGCAAGCAUGCCGAAGCACCUUGCGGAAGUUCUUGAGGGUAAAAGGUUGUUGGUUUUUGGUGAGAUGCUGGCCGACAGCGGCUAUGGGGACACGUCCAUAGCCUCAGAGAUUGGCAAAGGUUUCGAUCUGACCGGGCCGAUCCCAUCUUCUGGUGGCCUCUUCAAGCCGAUCGUUGAGCCGGCGACCAUGACAAGAGAGCCUAUCGACAACCUGAGCGAAUCGUUCAUAAACAGCACGGUGUCGAGGGUCGAAUCGAUCCAGCCUCAUGGGCUAGAUGUUGUCUGUGCAGGCAUUGCCUAUCGAUUGAGAGUUCGCGAGAGGGCGGGCAAACAGUCCGUUCCCAAGCUCAAGGUCAUUGAUUUGCUCAAGGCGUACAAGCAGUUGGGUCUAUCAGUGGAUGCGCUCCAAGAUAGUUUCUUGUGCGUGCCCAACCCGGCCACGGGCAAACCUUGUGUGCACAUGUGCCAUGUGCUGCCCUUCGGGGCGGCGGCAUCCGUCGCAGCCUUUUGCAGGACGACGAUGAGCCUGUGGUACCUGGGGUGUGCGACACUCCUGGUACACUGGACAGUGUUUUACGACGACUUCAUUGUAGUCAACGAGGCCGCAUCUACGAAACAUUGCGAGCUAGUCCUACGCAACCUCUGGAGCCUUCUUGGUUGGUCAGUUGCACAAGACAAGGAGACUGAGUUUAAUUACUUUGCGCGGGCUUUGGGAAUCAAGAUCUGUUUCCACUCCGAGAGACUCUUUGUCGUGGAGAACACUCCAGAGAGGAAAGCCGAGCUGGAGGAGACCAUUUCAA